AUGUCAAUCGGGUCCUCCGCGUCCCCAUCGCUGUCCAGCUGCUCGUCCAACGGCGACUUAAUGUCACCGCACGGUAAGUGCGUUUGUGCAAAUUCUGGGGGUGGUGAAUUUGGCGGGAGAGCUGAUUUUUGAGGGAAAAAUUGAAUAUUUUUGAAAAGAAAAUUUUAUUUUGAAAGUUUACUGUAGUAAAAGGAGAGGAAAUUAUAAAAAAAAAAUAAAAAAUGUACUAAAACUUUAAUUUAAAGGUGAAUUAAAGGAGUGAAAAAACUCCUAAAGGACCUAAUAAACCGAGUAUUCAAAGUUCGGGCGCAGCUUGGAAAAAAAAAUUUGGAGUGCGCCAGAAAACGGAGUCUUACCUGUUAUUACGCUUCCGUUUUUCUAUUUCCUCUUUCAUGCAAACCGGAUAAUCCGAUGAUUUCAUCUGGAUUACUGGUUACAAAAUUUUUCAAUCAAUUUUAUUAUAUUAUAUUAUAUAUUUUCAUCUAAAUUCUUUUUUGACUCGCCCUGGAAACAGUUGAAACCUCAACUUCAAACACACAGUUGAUGAAUGAUUUUUUGCUCGCGGCGUUAGUUCGGAGCUAAUUUCAAGUUUUUCAAGGAUUUCCUGCAAGAUCCCAAGUGCGACGCUCAGAUUUCCGUUGAUUUUGGCGCACACAUCGGGAUGGGCCACAAAUAAAUUCUUGAAAAUUUUAGCUACCAGCUUUGCAGAGAUAUGUUUACAUAUAGCUAGUGUAUCACUUUUUUAAGGUAUAUUACCAGUACUCACAUCAAAAAUAUCUAGACAAAAGUUACGGAUCUUUGUUUUUCGCCGCAAAUUUUAAUCUUUUACAUUUUAGAUAACUCAGGGUAAACAAAACUAAUUUUAGUAAUAGUUAAAUAAAAUUAGCAAAAGUGGGCAUAUUGCAAGCCUUCGCCAAGUCUCCGCCGAGCCUUAGCCGAGCGUCCGCCGAGAAUCGAGCGACUUUAAUAGGCCUCGUAGGCACUUCCUACAACCUUUUCUUUGGGUAUCCAGCUUAAAAGCCGAACUUAAUUUUAUGCGAUUUUGCAUUCUACAGUAGAAAUAAGUAUCCACUUUUUUGCAAAUAUGAUACCUUCCCUUAAAAUUUUUGACCAAAAUAAUGUAAAAUUACAAUUUUCAUGAUUACUUUUUUGUCUCUUUACUUCGAAAAUUUGUCCGAUAAAAAGGGAGAGAAACAACAAUGAUUUUUGUAGUUUAGCGACAGAAAUGCUGAAAAGGGAAGUUGUAAUACCUCAUGAUUCAUUGUUAUAUCCAGUAAUUUUUCUACAACUUCGAAAAAAAUUUUUUGGACAAUUUUUAAAAAAAUAAAAAAUAUUUUUUGCAGUCUAGCUGCUGCAAACUGCAUUCUUUGGGCCGCUGAAAACGAUUGCUUAUUUUUUGGCGUUUUCUACUAACCAUAAUAAUUCGAAGAAAGGUCGAUUUUGUAACCAAAAAGAUUGCAAAAAUGACGCAUAAAGUCAUCCUCGACACAACCAUACCUUUCCUUACAGUUCUCUCUCCGCAAUCUGAUCACUAUUCUCCAAAUCAGUGAGAAAUAUGAUUUCAGACAUUCCGGACAAUGCCGAGGAAGCGAUGGCGAUACAACCGUUGGUGGAUAAGGUGCCCUGUCAGAUCUGCAAACUUCAAGCAUCGGCUGUCACAUACUUCGGGGUCUCGGUGUGCUCGGGAUGCCGUGCCUUCUUCCGGCGGUCUGUGAAGAAGAGCAAGAAGUAUCAGUGUCUGAAUUCGAGGCUUUGCGGAAAGAAUCAGUGUGAGUUUGCUUAUUUUAAACGAAAUGUCAAAAAAAUUAUUGGAUUUUUUUGACAUUGGACGAAAUGUCACAAUAUUUGAAAGUCGAUUUUCCGCUUGAAAAAGCGUUGAAAUUUAAAAUCAAAUAAUAGUUUGAAAACUAAUUACUGAUGUUUUCGUACAUUAGACGGAAUGGCAAAAAAUAUUGGAUUUUUUGGGGAUUGGACGAAAUAUCACGAGGUUAGAAAAAAACAAGAAAUCAUAUUUUUCUGGUUUUAAAAAACUUCAAAAUGAAGCUGAAAAAAAUUAGCACCAAAUUAAUACCAAAAAAGGAAAUGGUUUAUAAAAAAAUUAUUUUUAGUGGUUCCGAACCGUCGAGUCUGCAAAUAUUGCCGCUUCCAGCGAUGUAUCGAUGCGGGAAUGUUGGAUGCAAGUAAGUCAAUACCCGUUUCUUUGCCAAUAAAAAAGGUUAAGGUGAAUUCUCAUGCGCAACUUGGAAAGAAAUGCUUUUAAAAAACCUCGGGCGCAGCUUGGAAAAAAUGUUUUUUUUUGAAAAAGCUCUUUUCUAGAAAAAUUAAGACCAAAUUUUCUAUUCAACAAAUCAAAGAUAAAGGAGGUUUUGCGAAUUUUUCUCGGGCGCAUUAAUUCUCGGGCGCAGCCUGGAAAAACUUUUUUUUUAAUGUUCUAAAAAGCAAAGUUUUCGGUUCUUUUUUUUAAAUUUUUCUUAUUGACAUGUAUAAAGAUUUUCAAAAUUUGCUUGCAGAAGUCCGAAUGACCACCCGUCUCAUGGAGUCGACCAAAAACUUCGAUUUCCCAUUGCCAUUCCUCCUCACCAGCCCCACCUCCACCACGUAUUUGGACGAGGACACGGACAAUGUUCUCUCGCGUUUCACGACGCUGAAGAAGCAGAUUAUCCACGAACGGAACCGAAUGUACAGUCAUCGGUUUGAGUCGCAGCUGUCGGCCGGCGCCUCGCAUGACAUGAAGGUUGGACUGGAUGAGUACUCCAUUUUCAAUCGAAUCAUCGCAAAUACGGACAACUUGUUCAAUGAGAUUGACAGGGAUGAUUGGGUAGGCUAUUUUGAAACGAAUUUCGAAAAAGAAAUUUUUCGGCGAUAUACAAAAAAAUGACUUUUUUUCGAGCUGCGCCCGAUCUGUGACUUCAAAUUGCUUUUAGCUAAAUUUGAGAAAUUUUUCUGAAAAAAUUUCGUUUUAUAACCGAUUUUUAUCCCGAAAUAUUUAUUUUUUUGUCCUGCUUUUGGAAUUUUUUUCGAGCUGCGCCCUACCUUUGACUUGGAAUUUUUGUUUAGCCUAAUUUUUAAUAAAAAAAAAGUAUUUUUUUUGAUCCAGUUGGACGUAAAAUAGUCUUUUUUGCCCUAAAAAAUUGAAAAAAUAUAAUUUUUCCGACCUGCGCCCGGCCUUGAGAUCUUUUUUUCCUUUUUGCAUCCGGAAUUCUUUCAAUAUCCCAUAUAACUUCCUUUCCUUCCAGAACACCCUCAAGAUGACGGAAUACUCAAUGUGGUGGUCGCUGACCGAACAACUCUCCACGACCAUUCGCUACUACGGCCACGAGCACAAGCGCCUCUACAACAUUGACGGCUCGUACGCGCCCCUGACCAUGGAGCACACCCGCCGCCACUUCGGCUACAUUUAUUCGCACAUCAUCGGCGACCAGGACAGCAUCUUCGACAUCACCAUGGAAUACGUCUAUCGCGUGCAAUUGGCCAUGGCCGAGACGGUGGGCAAGGCCAUGGCGAACGCGAACCUCGACGACACCGAGCUGUCGGCGCUCGUUUUGCUGCUGAUGACGCGGCACGGAUGCUUUGAGAGUGUGAAACAAAAGACGAGGGAUUAUCUGACCUACCUGCGGAACGGGACCUUGAAAAGUUUGGGGAAAUACGUGCGAAGAAAUGGACGCGAUGAGGACGAGCGAAUCGCACAGAUCAUAUUUUUGAUCGCGGAUUUGCAGGUCAGAUUUUUUGCAAGAUUAUUUUUUCGAAAAAUAAGCUAUUUUGGCUGAUCAAUUUUCUUCGGUUGCUUCCAACAAAACUUGAACUAUUUUCUCUUUUCAGGACCUCGGCCGUCUCAUCAAGCACGCCAUGCGUUUAAUGAUGGCCGCCACGGACUACAGAGCCCUCCCAGAGCACUUCUUCCGCGUCCUCGAUGAUUGCCGCAACUCCCUCGUCAUGAAACCUCGUCCAACUUUUAUCACCACUAAUUAA